CACACGCGCUCGGUCUUCGUCCCCACUGCUCCACCCGCACCACCGUCCACCAGCUCGCAUGGCGCUCCACGCCGUCUCCCCCGCGGCGGUCUCCUCCCCGCUGCGCGCCCUCUCGCGCAGCCUCCCCCAGCGCCCAGGCUGCGGUUGUUUACCAAAGCAAUCCCUCGCAGUUUACUCCUCCAUAAACUUUGCGAGACUUCGGGCUGGACCAGUGGACUUCGGUGGCAGGCCUCUGGUUCUUCGACACUCGGACAAGAGAGCAGUUUUGAUGCAUGCUACUAUUGAAGAAAUCGAAGCGGAGAAAUCCCUCAUUGAAGACCAAGCUAAAGAAAAGAUGGAGAAGGCAAUUGAAACAGUCCAAACUAACUUCAACACUGUGAGGACAGGGCGUGCAAACCCAGCGAUGCUUGACCGAAUUGAGGUUGAGUACUACGGAACUCCAGUGAACUUGAAGAGCAUUGCGCAGAUAAGCACUCCAGAUGCAACUUCUCUUCUUAUCCAACCAUAUGACAAGUCAAGCCUCAAGCUUAUUGAGAAAACGAUAGUUGCUGCAAAUCUUGGUGUGACACCAAGCAAUGACGGAGAAGUGAUACGAGUGACUGUCCCACCUUUGACAUCUGAUCGUAGAAAGGAAUUAGCAAAGACAGUAGCUAAAUUAUCUGAAGAUGGCAAGGUUGCUAUAAGGAACAUAAGAAGAGAUGCAAUCAAAGCUUAUGAUAAACUACAGAAGGAAAAGAAGCUUUCUGAGGAUAAUGUGAAAGAUUUAUCAGCUGAUCUACAAAAAGUCACAGAUGAGUACAUGAAAAAGAUCGAUUCCAUCCAGAAGCAGAAGGAACAGGAACUGAUGAAAAUUUAGAUCUCAAGCUGACUGUAUGACUGCUUGGCGCUGUGCCGGGGAUGCACGUUUUGAGUCAGGUGCUUUGCUGCAACCAUUGGAUGCACACAAGUUGAGACAAUACCGCUGUGUGUGCUUCUCGUUUUUGUAAUGCUCGUAAAUAGGCUCUCGUCACCGUGUUGUCGGACUUGCUAGUGCUACAUUGUCAAUGUUUCUCACCAUCUGAAUCGAAUGUCUGAAUUGUUUCUGAACGUCUGUUGUCAAAACUCUGCCGAGGUUCAAAGCAAUUUUGCAGGUCAAAA